AUGAUAAAGGAUAGUGCCUGGACUCUUGGAUUAUUCAUAGUUAUUUAUAGUCCUUGCGUUGAACCCACAUACGGAAUAGGAACUAAUGGAUCCACCAAACAAGGUGGCGAUGUUUAUUUUAAAAUAUACUCUCAAUCUUCCAAGGACCUGGGCAACUGGCCUACUAAGCAUUACACCAAUAAAAGAGCGUUCUGGUACUGGACUUGGAGUACAGCAAAGGUAUCAUUUAGCAACGUAGGAACUGCCUUUACCAGAGAUGUAAGGGGAGCUAUUCAAACUAAAAAGGAGCAUUUGUUCAUAGUCUACGAUGACGCUCCUCCUGAGGGUGAUCCCUUCUUUGACCUUCCAUUUAUCAAGAAGGAACCCUCUAAAGAUAAACACAGCUUAAAGGGAGCAUACAUUUUUCACUAG